GGAAGAGUUGGCUUACUAUGAAAAAAUAUACGGGAUUUUCUUUUCCCGGAGCCCACGCUGACAAUGCCACACCCUGGGAUGUAUCGGGAGGUGCUCAUGAAGACAGCCAUCAGUUUUCCAGGUAUUGCUCCCAAACUAGAGUUUGCUACAAGGACAGCCAUCCAACACUGUGUGCCUCUGCACAGGAACAGAUUUCUGGAACAUAAGCAUAAGUCACAAAGACCUUUAUCACCAUCAUGUAGACCAAUAUUCCCCUUAAAUAACACCAAUACCAAGAUGUAGCAAAGACAGAGUCAUCUGGACAGGCUGCCUGCAAGCGUGGACCCCGGGGUGUCUUCUCCGUACUGCAUGAGACGCUGCUUCCUGCAGCAGUCGGCUCUGUUCACCCUUGGAAAUGACUGCAAGAUCUCUGCAGGAAGCAAACCUGCAUUUGUGGUUAGACACGUGGACAGUGCAAAACCUUUUGGUGAGAAUAAUUCAGAGCACUGUUCGCGGAAGUCUAAAAGAAAAUCCGAGUUUUCAAACUUUCCCUUUCCGAUGAGAAGAGCUUCUUCUCUUGACAGCCUUGCAGCUAACAUAAAGGUAAUUUUAGAACCAGAUGAAUGCAUCAUUUUAAGGAGAGGAUCGCCGUCACCUUUAGACUCCAGGAAGUUGGGCAAGCUGUCACCCAGGAACCAAGGGGAUACCUACUGCCACCGGGAAAUGUCAUUUGCUACCUCUCAGCACUCCAGAACUCCCAGCCCGAAGGAUCAGCUCCUGUUCCAUGAAAGUGCUCUCCUUGUUCAGCGUUAUCUCACCAAUUUUGCUGCUCGUAUUUUGUACACACUAGAAUCGCAUUUGAACGAGGUCAUAGCUCGUGGGAAUGUCAUCUGUGCACGCUCCUUGGAUGGUUUGCAGGAAGACCUGGGGGAUGAGAGCUAG